ACAAGAACGAAUAUUUUAAACCAAAUUCACUUAACAAUUUCAUGCCAUGUUGCAUGCUGCAGCCGAUGAUUGUAAUGCACAGUUAAAUUUUAAUUUAUCUUCAUCAUCUCUGUCUAAACAAAAUUUGGAUAUAAACAACCAGACCAGUAGUCAAUUAAAUCUUUUGGAUGCCUCCAAUGAAUCUUCAAAAAAAUCCCCUAACAAUUGUCUAGAAUCAAAAGAAAAUCUUUUAAUUUCAUUUUCAUUGAAUGCGGCCAAAAGUGAUUUAUUGCCUUCAUCUCAUAGUGCUGAAAAAUUGAGUUGGAAAUUUUUUGAACAAGUCGAUUCACUUGAUAAUCAGUUAAGAAGUGAUGUGUCUUCCCCUCCUUGUGCUCUUUUAAAUGGUGGUGGCCUUUUCUUAACCUCCCCUACUACAGACGAGAUUUCUUGCUCCUCCACUACUAAUGACGUCAAUUUGAUUGUGGCAAACAGUCUGAAUGCAUUAGGAAUGCAUUCGAAUCAUCAACAGCAUCAUCAUCAGCAACAUACACUUGGACAAACUCAGACACAAUUACAGACAUUGCCUCAAGGCUGUAAUCGACUAAUGCGCCAACAAACUCUACCACAACUACGGCUACAACUGCAGCAACAACUUCAGAUUUGAAUAUUCUACCACAACUAAGGCUGACACCACAACAGCCGAACCAACAGCCAGAACAGCAAACAGCUACGUUUGUA